AUGGAGGCGAGGCCCGAGCUCAGACGGGCCGAGGAGGCAACGGGAACGGCGUUGGUGCUCUACGAGCGGGCCCAUUUCCGGCACGACCCGCGCUGGCUGCUGCCCCGACCGCCGCGUCUCUGCCUAGCCUGUGCCCUGGAGCUGCUGCAGCCCACGAGCGGCGUCUCGCUGGUGCGCAAGAAGCAUAUGUUGUCCUGCUUCCGUGAUGCCCUCCUGAGGCACGGUACAUCGGUCACGCAGCUCUUGGCUCAGAACAAGACGGUCUGCACCCACCUCAUAGGCAUCCUUUUUGGGCUCCUGCGCAGCAUAGAUGAUGGCAGCAUGCUGGAGCUCUGCAUGGAAGUCCUUAUUCAGCUCAUUGUCCAACUGAAGCUGGGGCCGUUUGUCCGCUGCUUGCUGGAAGAAUGCCAGAAAGAGCUCUGUAACAUGUCCAACCUGAGGGGCAGCCUGGCCACAGUGAGCCUCCUGGGCAAAAUGGUGGAUGCCAUCCCUUCCCUUGCUGAGAUUCUUGUGACAGAACAUGGUAACCUGGUGGAGCAUCAGUUGGGGUGCCUGAUUCACCCCAAUGAAGCAGUGAAGGCUGCGGUCUGCUAUCUGUAUGGGAAGCUGUAUUCCUUUCCUACUGUGGCAGAGAAGCUGUCUGGCCACUUCAGGGAGAAGCUGUGUCCCCUCUUCCUUACCACACUGAACAAGGCCCAGACAAAGGAGCUGCAGAUUAACUGCAUGGCUUUGCUGAGACAGCUCCUGAAAUACGAGCACUUUGUAUCAACUAUAAUGAGCAAGUCUGGGGCAGCGGGGAUUUCUGAAAAUGCUGAGCUACCACAAGAGGAAAAUACUCUGCCCUUGGUGCUUAAAAAGCUGCUGCUCUCCAGAGAUGAAAUCUUGAAGGUGGCCAGCGUCCACUGCAUGGCAGCCGUGCUGGUCCAUUCUCCUGUGAAAUAUGCCCCAGCCUUCAUCCACGCCGACAUCCCAGAGUUCCUGUUUGAGCAUCUCUCCUGCACCAGCGAGGCCCUGCUCUGCUCCGUGUAUGGCUGCUUGCUGCUCCUGGCUGAAGAGCACCUUUUCUUUUCCAAGUGUCACACCGUGUAUGGGAUCGAGUCGCUGGUGCGGAGCCUGAAGGGCAUCCUGCAGCUGAACAACCCAGAACUCCUCAAGCAGGGUCUGCUGCUCUUCACGGAGAUUCUGAGGCGGCAGCCAGAAGAGAUCAAGCUUUUCACAAACUCGGCCACCUGCAGAGAUGCCAGUGGGGUUCUCCGGGAGGCCGUGAGCAGCCCUGUCCUGGAGGUGGUGGCCGAGGCGGUCGGCGCUGUGGCAGCUUUUUUCAGGAAGGACCACCUGAAUUCACCACCGGUGCCGUAUGGAGAGCUUCAGGCCCUGGUCCAAGCGCUGCUGGACCGCUGCAGGGACCUGCUGCCACCCCUGAGCCGGGGGCCUCUCCUCAGUCACGACCCGCUGCUCCCAAGGGGCCCUCCAUGGAGCCAAGGAGCCAGCAGAGCUGUUCUGCAGCAGGGAGACGUCCUUCAGGGUGCCUUGGAGGGCUUCCGAAAUGCCUGCAGACUCGCCAUGGACCUUCGCAAUGAGCCCUCAGCCCGGGAGAACCCCUUUACGGCUCCCAGCAUGCAGAAGGGGGACACGCUGGAGACCUUCUCCAAGUUCCUGCUGAGUAUCUGUGAUUCCCUCUGCAUUCCCACUGUGAUGAGGCAUGCAGAACAUGCCACUCAUCCUGCUCUGAUGGAGACGUUCCUCUCGAUCCUCAGCAGUCUGUUCACCAUUGUACCCUGCAUGAAGGAGAAAUUCUCCAAGAAGCUGGCCUCCUCCUCCUUCAUCAGACUGAGCCUGGAGCUGAAGGCCCGGUUCUGUGGUGGACAGAGCCACCCAGCCCUGAAUCAGGCUUGUUCCAGCUUCCUCUGCUCCCUGUGCCUCAACCUCUUUUCAGCUUUGGAGGAGACAAGACCACUGCUCAGAGAGGGGCUCUCCGUCGUGUCUGUCAUCCUGCAGCACAGUCUGCCCCAGGUAAACACAGGAGGCUCCGAAAGCCUGGCGCUCCUGUCUGAUUCCCUGUACGUGGACGAAGCGACUCGUCAGCGCCAGUACUGCCUCCUCCUCCUCUUCUACCUUGCUUAUAUCCAUGAGGACAGGUUUGUUCCAGAGGCAAAGUUAUUCUUGGCUGUGAGAAGCCUCCUCCUGUCCAUACAGGACCAGGGCGAGAGCCCCCCGCCUGCUAUUUUCCGAGCAGUCCUUUACCUCCUCAUGGUCUGUCAGGACAAAGGGGAACCUUUAGAGGAGGCUCCCCUGAGCGCCAUCAGGACAAUGCUGGAGGGUGUCCCAGACCUCAGCCUGGUCUACAGCCACCAUCCCUGCACACUCAAGUUCUUCCUGACCUACCCAGACUUACAGAGCAGGUUUGGCCGCCGCAUACUCGAGCUUUGGCUGUCCUGGGAGGAUGGUGGCAGUGAGGAAGCUGAGGACCUGGAUGCCACCUCACCCGCCAGGCCUCCUGCUCUUCGGAACCGCUGGGACACCUUGCUGCACAUUCUGAAGAGUAGCUCCAGUAUUCUGCUCAUUUUACUGGACCUUGUCUAUUCCAGUCCCGUGGACAAAGCCCGAAAAGUGCUGACAGUCCUGAAAAUCUUCCUCAAGGAAAAUGAGGACAUUGAGGUGGGGAGCCUUCUCAGGGGGCACUUCCUGCAGGUCCUGCAGCAGCUGCUGAUGGAGAGUGGGGCUGCCCCGCUGCGAGCCAGCGGUAACCUGCCCCUGCUGCUCAGCCUGCUCUUCUUGGUGCAGCCAAGGAAUGAGGCCCAGAGAGAGCUGGACAGCACAGACCUGAAGCUGCUUCACCAGGUGAGUAACCUGUGUGGGAAGUGCAGCCUGGAUGACGUGGAGACGCUGCAGUCCUCCUUCAACUUCCUGUACUGGAGUCUCCACCAGACCACCCCCAGCAGCCGGAAACGAGCAGUGGCCGUGCUUCUGUCCAGCACCCCUCUCCUCGUGCUGCUGCAGAAGACUCUGGGGCUCACCUGGACGGAGCCAGCCCCUGCCUCUGUGCUCCCAGGCCCCUCCAGGAAGGAAGCAGCCCUCCUCUGCUCGGGCUGGCUGCUCACAGCCUCCCUCUCUGCUCAGCAGCACCUUGGAGGCUUGGAGGUCCACCAGACGCUCACAGUGCAGCUGGACAAAGUUCUGUGCACCCUCACUUUGAGGAAGAAGAAAGCUGCUUUGUUCUCAGUCAGCCUCCUGAGAUUCCUGCGGACGUCCCUGGAACAGAAUUUCUCCUCUGCCCUGGUGAAGCUGGUCAGCUCAGACUCAGGGCAGCCGCCCUCUCUGGAGGAUUCUGCCCUUUCCCCACUGUCCCUUCAGCAGGUCCUGUCCCUCGUCGUCAGCCUUCAGAACCUUCUGGUGCAGAAGGACCUGCUGCUGUCCCAGGCUGUGGUUGGCUGCCUGGAGGCCCUGUUGGACUUCUUGCAAGCAAGGAGCCCUGAUGUUGCCCUGCAUGUGGCCGCCCAGCCCUGGAAUCGAUUCUUGCUGUUCACACUCUUGGAUGCUGGAGACAACUCCUUCCUGAGCCCGGAGAUCCUGAGGCUCAUGACCCUGUUUGUGAGGUUCCGGAGUAGCAGCGUCCUCUCCCAGAAUGACAUUGGGUAUGUUCUGCAAGAGGUGAUCAAGGCCAACUUUCGGGAGCUCUCCGGAGCCACGCUCCGGGCUCUGUGCUGCUUCCUCCUGCAGGUUCAGAAGACAGGCUCUCUGUCUAAUCCAGCCAUGAUCUCCACCACUCAGACCCUGCUGGAUACUCUCGCAGAAAUAGCUUCACCGCUGCAGCCACCCCAUCAAGAUUUGGUGUAUCCUUUUCUGCAGCACAAGGGGGUGAGGCCUGAGCUCCUUUUCCCAGAGGGCCCCCUGGUUUGAGGCAGGUGAAUCCAGGCCAAACCAAGGACCAUGAGUUCUAGGCCCAACAUAGGUGGAUGAGGUCUGUGGUACCAAGGUGGGGCGGGAGCAAGAAGUAGGGUUCGGAGGGUUUCUCCCCUUGCAUAACUGAGGCAUUCGUGAGGAUAGAUGUGGAAUUGAAGAGGAUUCCCUUCCCUCAUCCCCAUCCUCAUCCCCAGGACACAGAUCCCUUCCCCCAAAAGAAACUUUGGGUCCAGAUGCCUUUAGCCGCAUUUAGUUGACAGUCUCAUUGGCUGUGGAAUAGGAACCAGACCCAAAGGGCAGAACCAGGAAUGGGGGAUGCAGGGUUCAGUCCAAUAUAAGGAAAAACAUUCCCUAGUCUUAGAGCUAUCCCGAAGGAGAGUCCCCCUGCCCUUCCCGCUCCCCCCAGGUCUCCAAAUAGAGGCAGGGCCCCCUCUUGGGAACCUGUAGAGGGGAUCCCUAGGCUAGGUGCUCUCUGGGGUCCCUUCCAGUCCUGCCCACCUGGGAAAAUGUCAGGGAGCUCCUUUUGGCCCUGCUGAGCGGGACCCGAGCCUCACCUCCACCAGGCACCUUUAGCAGAGAGUUGGCCCUUUCGCUGGCUCGUCUCUAAGCUCCCCCUCCCCAAGCCUGCCCUUCUUGCGGUUAUCCUCUCAUGCCCUGCUGUCAGAUGCCUAGGAGGGGUGGCCCUGUCCUUCUCCCACAUCCGAGACUGAGCCAGAGAGAUGAGGAAAACUCGGCCCCAGCACCAGGUUCUGGGAGAGAAGGGAAGUGAUUCUCAG